AUGGGUCUCCUGGAGUUGGUGGCCUCAAACAUUGUUUCGCGAAUCGUUCGACUGAUGGCGUUUUUGAGGAUCCUGGUGUUGCUGGUCGUCGGUGUUGCGGCUGUUGGGGCGGACUGCGGUCCCAAAGACGGAGUGUUCGUGUGUCGGGACGUCUGCGGCGAGGAGGUGAGAGGCGCCUGCGGCUACGGGCGCCGCGUGACGUUUGUCGGAGCGGCGCUGUUCUUGGACUGUGUCAGGCAGGCGGACUUGAAGGAGGUGAAGCUGCUGUCGCCAACGGUCUGCGUCGGACGUCGGUCCGAGAUGGAUCGAGUGGUGACGCCUUGGAGGUGGUGCGAGGAGGUCGUGCCCCCCGAACCAGAGAUCUCGACGGCGGCAGUUCCGCCGGUGGUUGACGAGCCUCGCCCGGUGGCGCCAACGGCCAACCUGGCGGUCGUCCACGUACCGGCGAGCAAAACGCCGUUCGUGGUCCGGGCGCCGCCCUCAACGCAGCAAAGCGUCGUAGUGGCCCAAGAGGUGCCACAUGUCAUCAAGGCACCAUCGUCGACGCCAGAAGUGACAGUCAACAUCAAGCAUGGUGUUGCGCACGUCGAGGCGGACGUGGACCCUUGGACGGCCAUGGUUCUGGUUUUCAUGGGCCUUGGGGGAGCUGGAGCCACGUCUCUGGCUGUCUUUUUGGUUUGGCUCGUGAAGUUCAUCAGGAACAAGUCAUUGUACAUGCGGGAGUUGGUGCAGAUGCUGACGCCGGAGGAUCAACAGGAUCCGGAAGCCCAACCAGUGGUGGAUCUGCUGGGGCUGGAAGAGACGGAUAAACCCGUCAAGAACGUCGAGAAGGAGGAAAUGUCAUCGUACAUGAGGGAACUGGUGCGGAUGCUGACGCCAGAGGAUCAGCAGGAUCCGGAAGCCCAACCAGUGGUGGAUCUGCUGGGGCUGGAAGAGGCGGAUAAACCCGUCGCAGAAGAGAAAAAGGAAGAAUUGGUCCUUGAGGACAGUAAUCCUUUUAAAGAGAUGUUGAACGCGUAAUAUGUAAAAAUCGCGUCAAAGAAAGAGAGUGCCAUUUUUGUACCCGCGUUUUUAUAUGGGUAAAAGGCAAUAAGAGAGAUUGUAAAAAGAA